AUAAUAAUCAGCAUUGAUUAGCAGACACUUAGAAUCAGGGUUUGAAACUGAUUGUAUUUAAUUUAUCAAUACAUUUCUUAUAGUGCUUAAAAAUGUGUCAUCGUUGUUGUUGUGGAAUCCCCGCCUGUGAAUAGGAGCUGGUCUGAGUUCUUCUGAGUUCUUAGAUGGCUUAAAUUUUGCACAAAAAAAUCAGUGGGUAUUUAUUUGAUUCUGGAUACAUGAGUACUAACAUAUCUAUCAUACAUGCUUGCAAUAAUUUCAUAGAUCUGGUCUUUGAGAUUGUACUUUUAAUUAACAGUGAAAUAGAUAUUUGUUGCAAGUAUGCUACCAUCUUGUUCUUUAUAAAAGUAAAGGUUAAUAACUGAUGACAACCUGAAUUUAAUAUGUGGGACCCACAUAAGGGAAAGAAAAGACUCCUGCCAAUUAUUCUCUGACCUCCAUAUGUGUAUGCACAUGCACAAUACAUAAAUGUGAAAAUAGACAUUAAAUUAUUGAUGUUCCUAAAUAAGAUUGAAAUGUCUGUAGACAAAAGUAGAUAGGAUUAAUAACAAAUAAAAGUUACUCUACACUACAGCUAGGAGCUUCUUUGCUUUUCAUUUAUAGAAAAUUUCAUUACUAGUAAAAGUAGUUUUGAGUAGAUAAUUAGCCUUUUUACUGGAAUUUGAUCUUUUUAGAAUAUAGAUCUGAAGAAGAGACCAAAAUCCAAAAUUAAAACCUAACUAUAUGAUAAAAGUAAUAUUUGAACUUUUUUCUCCUGUCAUGCAAAUGUUUGUAAAGUUUUUAUUUAGAUCUUUGUAUGGUUAAAGGACAGUUUCUAGAUCCCCAUUAAGAUUAAAAGGGAGAAAAUAGUUGAGCUAGAAAAUGCCUAUAGUCUAACUGGUUUGUAAAAAAUCACAUGGUUUAUAUUUUUAGAAGAGAUGGUAGUGAGACCAGAAGAAAAGAUGGUGAGGAAAAGUUUUAAAUGUAUUAAGGAAACUGUUUAUGCGGUGGAACUGUAGACUUCAAUUAUAAGUUGUUAAGUACAAAAACAAGUAACUAUUUUUGAAGAAAUUUCUUAGACUAAUAGAGAAAUGGAGUAUUUGCCUGUGCCAAGCAACAGUGAACAAGGGAGACAUUUCAGUAAACAUUGAUUGAUUGACUGUUGCUACUACUAGAACAAAUUGCACAGAAAUCAUGAAAAGCUAUUAAUGAAAAACCAUAUUGUAACCACACAUGGAAAGUGUCUUUUCCUGUGGUUUCUCUCUACUACCAAGUCAGGUUAUGAAGUUUCCUUGGUAUGAUGAUGGAGUGAAAAUUCAUGAGGGUAAAUGUGGGGAAGGCAAAGAGAAAAACAUAGGCUUGUUAGAAUUACCCCUUCUCAGACUAUUACCCUUAGAGAGACAGUUCAGGCAAGAAAUUGUUCUAAGGUGAAUUGUUCCUAGUUUGAUAGUAUUUAAAUUCUACUAGUUAACAUUUACCCUUUGAAGUAACAAAGAUUGAAAAUAUGAGUAGGUUUAAAAAAGGAAUUAUGAACCAAGAGAGAUACGGGUAUUGUUUCCUAACCAAGAGAGAUGUGGGGUAUCCUUUCCUAACCAAGAGAGAUGUAGGGUAUUGUUUCCUAACCAAGAGAGAUGUGGGGUAUCGUUUCCUAACCAAGAGAGAUGUGGGGCAUCGUUUCCUAACCAAGAGAGAUGUGGGGCAUCGUUUCCUAACCAAGAGAUGUAGGGUAUCGUUUCCUAACCAAGAGAGAUGUAGAGCAUCGUUUCCUAACCAAGAGAGAUGUGGGGCAUCGUUUCCUAACCAAGAGAGAAGUGGGGUAUCCUUUCCUAACCAAGAGAGAUGUGGGGCAUCGUUUCCUAGCCAAGAGAGAUGUAGGGUAUCGUUUCCUAACCAAGAGAGAUGUGGGGUAUCGUUUCCUAACCAAGAGAGAUGUGGGGCAUCGUUUCCUAACCAAGAGAGAAGUGGGGUAUCGUUUCCUAACCAAGAGAGAUGUGGGGCAUCAUUUCCUAGCCAAGAGAGAUGUGGGGUAUCGUUUCCUAACCAAGAGAGAUGUGGGGCAUCGUUUCCUAGCCAAGAGAGAUGUGGGGUAUCGUUUCCUAACCAAGAGAAAUGUGGGGUAUUUUUUCCUAACCAAGAGAGAUGUGGGGUAUCCUUUCCUAACCAGGAGAGAUGUGGGGUAUUUUUUCCUAACCAAGAGAGAAGUGGGGCAUCGUUUCCUAACCAUGAGAGAUGUGGGGCAUCGUUUCCUAACCAAGAGAGAUGUGGGGCAUCGUUUCCUAACCAUGAGAGAUGUGGGGUAUUUUUUCCUAACCAAGAGAGAUGUGGGGUAUCGUUUCCUAACCAAGAGAGAAGUGGGACCUCAUUUCCUAACCAAGAGAGAUGUGGGGCAUCGUUUCCUAACCGAGAGAGAUGUGGGGUAUCCUUUCCUAACCUUAAGGCUGAAGUGAUGUUAGAAAGUGGCUCUCUUCCUCAGCAUAUCCUCCCUGCUAGUAUUAACAAAUAUAAUUAUGGAUUAACAGAUAAAAUAUUUUUCUUUUAUCCCCCUCCCCCUCUUUUUGUUUGUGGGGGAUUUCAGGUGUUUAGCUUUUCAAUUAGGAAAUCUUAAAGUACUAAACUUGGCAGGUAUUGAGAGUGAAAAUUCUUAUUUUUUUUUUUUGUCUUGGAUACACAGACUAUAGUCUGUAGCUAUCUCAAUUUUAUGUAGGCAUGGGAUUGUACUAUAGAAAUGUUAAUGUAUUUUAUAUUUAGAAUUUAAAAAUCUGGGAUUCUCUUUCAUUGUGUUUUGUGUCUGUUGAAUAUUGUUGGGAACACUGUAACCUAAGCUGCUUUACUUUUUUAAAAAACUUUUUUAUGUUAUGUAAUUGUAUCAUUUCUCCCUUCCCCUUCAUCAUUUCAGACCAUGCCAUAUACCCUUCUAUGCUUUCUUUCAGAUUUAUGACAUUUCCCCAUUGCUUUAUAAGCCUGAGUAUGUGCGUGUGUGCACAUAUACAUGUGUAUGUGUGUGUGCAUAAGUAUAAAUCUGUAUGUAUAA